CGAACCUAGUUGACAAAAUUAUAGAAACUCCAGAUCAGAUUUUAAAGAGAAAAGCUAAGGACUGACUAAAUAACAUGGUGGGUCUUUUGUCAAGGUUUUCUAUAAGCAGAAAUGGCCAUCGUCGCUCCCAAACUGCACUUGAUGAAAGGGAAGCGUUGCCCCCAGAUACGGAAGUUACAGAAUCGGCCACAGUUGUUGAAGCCACUGCUACAACUCAUCAUGGAAUCGAAGUAAUAGUUGAGUUUAAGCCUGUUGAGCACCCGAUCGAGCCACAUGACAAUGAUCAACCCAUUCAUUGCCCAUUGCCUGAACCUUCAAUUCUCAAUGACGGAAGGAUAUGGAAAGAGCGUGUAUGUGCAGGCGUGCAAAGGAGGGCGGAUAUGUCCAUAGCCGAGGAAGGAGUCGGUGUCCCGCCAAGACACGAGCCACUUGGAACAAAAUCCCAACGAAGAGCAAACCGAACCAUAUUGCCAUCAAUUAGUGCACCGGAACAUAAUAUUCUUAAGUUGUUAGAAGAAUGUAGUGCCUCUGGGAUGUGAUGUUGCAUUCUGACUUCAAAACUGGAAUCUGUGUUCUCGCAUGUGGUUAUGUAUUUUUCUUCUUUUAGCA